AUGGCUUACAAUCCUCCCAGACGCAGGCAAGAUCUACCUUCUAUGCCCGAGAUUGUUCAAAAUAUUAUCAGAAACGUCGACAACCUUCCAGAUAUUUUGAACUGUGCCUGCGUCAACAGGAUUUGGCAUGUGGAAGCGUUGAGGCGGCUCUAUGAAGGAUCUAUUCAUGACAUGCGAUUCCGUACACCUGACACGACCUCACUCAAUUAUCUGUUGGAGGCAUCACGGGAACGCUUCACCCAAAACAUGAAGUUUGUGAAGCACCUCUUGGUCUGUCCGCAAACACCCGGAGACGAUAGUUCUAGCAGCAGACACGAUCAAGCGACAGGCUUUGAGACAGGCCAUGCGGCGCGACUCCCUGCGCCUGCGCUGCUUCCUCAACCUCGAGGAAGGCGUCAUACCAGUCUCGUCAUCCCCUUCGAGCUCAUGCGCCAAGAUUGGCCGUUGCUUGCGGACCUCCUUCCCGCUCCUACAGUUGAGUUCCUGGCUAUUAAUCACGGCUAUUGCCAACUCGUUGCACCUCGGUUUGCUUCUGUUGUGAGUUUGCUUCGAGACCGCCUUUGCUCUCGCAAGGUCGUGGCUAAUACUAGCAGCAGGAUAGACUUUCAAAUCUCAAAGCUCUCACCAUCUACCCGUCCAGAUUCACCGCCGACGUUGACAGUCUUUGUAGAUUGUUAG